AGUUCGGCUAGUCCCGCCAGAGCGUGAGGCGCCUGCCGGUAACGGUCGCCCGGGUGAGGGGCGGGAGGGAGAGGAAAGGGUUUAAAUGAUCUGUUUUGAAACACUGAGAAGUAGACGCGCCAGCGACCAGGUGUCGCCGCUUACUGCGUCCGGGGGCUCGGCGUCCAGGUCCCUCUCCACGCCCCCUCCCUUCCCGGCCCUGUCCUCGGGAGCUGAGCGACGCUUAGGAGGAGGCUGCGGCUGACCCGGCGGACGCUGCAGCCCGGAGGGGGCACAAAGCCGGCUGCGCUGCGAGAGAACAAGACUUGAAACAUGAGUUCAGACUCCAGCCAAGCUGUGAUUACUACUCCUCCCCUUCCCAGCAUGCCUCACAAAGAGAGGUAUUUUGACCGAAUCAAUGAAAGUGAUCCAGAAUACCUUCGAGAGAGGAACAUGUCUCCUGAUCUACGACAAGAUUUCAAUAUGAUGGAGCAGAGGAAGCGAGUUACUCAGAUCCUGCAGAGUCCUGCCUUUCGGGAAGACCUGGAAUGCCUCAUCCAAGAACAGAUGAAGAAAGGCCACAACCCAACUGGUUUACUAGCCUUACAGCAGAUUGCCGAUUACAUCAUGACCAACUCUUUCUCAGGCUUUUCUUCUCCUUCCCUGAGUCUUGGCAUGGUCACACCUAUUAAUGACCUUCCUGGUGCAGAUACAUCCUGCUAUGUGAAGGGAGAGAAACUCACUCGUUGCAAACUGGCCAGCCUGUACAGACUCACAGACUUGUUCGGAUGGGCACACCUGGCAAAUACAUACAUCUCAGUGCGCAUCAGUAAGGAGCAAGACCACAUUAUCAUCAUUCCCAGAGGCCUCUCUUUUUCUGAAGCUACAGCCUCUACUCUGGUGAAAGUCAAUAUAAUAGGAGAAGUGGUUGACCAGGGAAGUACUAAUUUGAAAAUUGACCAUACAGGAUUCAGCCCCCAUGCUGCAAUCUAUUCAACACGUCCUGAUGUGAAGUGUGUGAUACACAUUCACACCCUUGCUACUGCAGCUGUGUCCUCCAUGAAGUGUGGGAUCCUUCCAAUUUCCCAAGAGUCCCUUAUCCUGGGAGAUGUAGCCUAUUAUGACUACCAGGGGUCCCUUGAUGAAGAAGAGGAAAGAAUUGAACUUCAGAAAGUUUUAGGUCCCAGCUGUAAGGUGCUGGUACUCAGGAACCAUGGUGUGGUGGCACUUGGAGAGACCCUUGAGGAGGCUUUCCAUUACAUUUUUAACGUGCAGAUGGCCUGUGAAAUUCAGGUGCGGGCCAUAGCAGGAGCAGGGGGAGUAGACAAUCUGCUCAUACUGGAUCUUCAGAAGUAUAAAGCUUCCACCCAUGGUGUAGCCACGUCUGGAGGAGGUGGUGUAAAUAUGGGUUCCCAUCAGAAGUGGAAGACUGGCGAGAUUGAGUUUGAAGGACUCAUGAGGACCCUGGACAAUUUGGGCUACCGAACAGGCUAUGCAUACAGGCAUCCUCUCGUUCGAGAGAAGCCUCGGCACAAGAGUGAUGUGGAGAUCCCAGCAACUGUGACUGCUUUCUCCUUUGAGGAUGAUACUGUGCCUCUCUCUCCUCUCAAGUACAUGGCACAGAGACAGCAGCGGGAGAAAACAAGAUGGCUGAACUCCCCAAAUACGUACAUGAAAGUGAAUGUGCCGGAAGAGUCUCGGAACGGGGAAACUAGUCCCAGGACCAAAAUCACAUGGAUGAAAGCAGAGGACUCCUCUAAAGUUAGCAGUGGAACACCUAUCAAAAUCGAAGAUCCCAAUCAGUUUGUUCCUUUAAACACAAACCCAACUGAGGUGCUAGAAAAGAGAAAUAAGAUUCGGGAGCAGAACCGCUACGACCUGAAAACUGCAGGACCACAGUCUCAGCUGCUCGCGGGGAUUGUUGUGGACAAGCCUCCUUCUACCUUGCAGUUCAACGAUGAUGAUGAGGGCCCCCCAGCUCCUCCUAACCCGUUCAGUCAUCUCAUGGAAGGAGAACUUGAAGAAUAUACGAAGACAAUCGAAAGGAAGCAGCGAGGCCUGGACGACGCUGAGCAGGAGUCACUCUCAGAUGACGCUGCAUCUGUUUCACAAAUUCAGUCUCAAACUCAGUCACCGCAAACUGUCCCUGAACAAUUAGAAGAAAACCACGAGCUAUUUUCCAAGAGCUUCACCUCCAUUGACGUGCCUGUCAUGAUAGUGAACGGCAAGGAUGAGCUGCAGGACGCUGAGGAUGAGCUUGCUCAGCGGGUCAGCAGGCUGACUACAAGCACAACCAUCGAGAACAUCGAGAUCACCGUCAAGUCUCCAGAAAGAACUGAAGAGGUCCUGUCACCUGAUGGUUCACCUUCAAAGUCACCAUCCAAGAAAAAGAAGAAAUUUCGCACACCUUCUUUUCUCAAAAAGAGCAAAAAAAAGGAGAAAGUUGAGGCCUAAGUAGUCUUUUGUAAUUUGAAUAUUACAAUGUGACAUUGCACAAUUAAGUACCACAUUUUAGUUCGUUGUUACUACACAGUGGUAGGUCGGAUUGGGGGUGUGGAGCAAACUGGACUUUCAAAACUGGAAAGAGGUUUUACUAAAAGAAAAACAUUAUGGAAAACUUUUAAAUUCAUCUCUUUUUAUAUGUCCAAAAUGGCUUUGAAAUUUUUAAACAGUUGCUAGUUUUACUCAGCUCUGCCCUCAUGAAGUAUUGUUGUUGGUCACUGACAGACAGAGUCUGUUACUUCAGGCCUUCUCCAUCUUACCUGUUGGGAAGAAAUUGCCAGUGAACAAGUGGGGAUGUUUACUUCUCACCAGCUGCUUCACUUGCUAAUCAGACUGGAGUUUUAUCUUGGUUGUUGCCUAUACCUGUGGGUCCCCAUUGUUCCAGUGGGCGCUAGUGGGAUGCUUUGGAAGCUGCCACAGCAGGAAUCUGGAGCAUUAGUAUACACUGGCACAUCAUUUUUUAAAUAUUUUAAGAAAAGAUUUGUUCAGAAUUUUAUUCAUAGUAUGAAAUUCCCUCACCUGAAGUAACUGUUUGCCAAAAGAAGUCAUUUUAAUAAACUAUAAUUUUUGAAGAAAUUCCUUUUUUAUUAGUUAGAAAAGCCCCUUAUUUUUCAUAGAGGGGAUUUUGUACACAUAACAUGAGUUAUUUAGUUUAACUCUAGCAAAAACAAUUUUUGUAUGUUGAAACGUUUGUAUACCUUCAGUACAAGGUGUCAUGAGCAUCUAGCCAAUCAGUUAGCAGUAGAGCAUACCUGAGGCUUCUUGGUACCGAGUACAGUUCAGGAGGCCAGGGACAUGGCAUCCAAAGGGCAUCCAAAGUCUAGAUUCACAUCUGAACCAUAUAAUGUAUUUUUCUCUUAGUAUUGCUGAAGAUGAAGAGUGUCGCAUAAGGUAACCAAAUGAAAAGGCUGAAAGGGAAGGGAGGAAAGGGGAAGGACAGGAAAGAAGGGUCUGUUUGGUAAUGAUGUGUAUCCACAGGGAAGUGUAUAGUUUGAUUUACUGAAAACAAGUCCCAGGUUUUCUCAAAUUCUGUUUCCUGCCAAAAAUCAAUGUCUUGGUUGAUAUUUGAAGCGUACGUAUGUAGAGGGCAGCACUGGGUCACACCAGCAGCCCUGAUCCAACAGCAGAACUACCACUUCAUGAUUUUUGCGAACUUAAAAUUUUUUUAACUUUCUUUCUACUGUAAAUACAAAUUUAAACCUAGGUUUAAUACAGUUUUCUCCAUUUUCCCAAGUGAUGUCACAGAUCAGUGUAAAUGGAUGAUCCGAAGUGCUCAGUGAGUAGACGUAGCAAAGGCGUCGGAGGGUGAGUGGGCACGCAGACGUUCCCUGAGCACAGUGCUCUCGGCCGGACUGUGUGGUGAUUCGGUGCGAACUUGAACCAGAGCCUGCCAAUGUCAUUUUAGAUCUCACUAACUACUGGAGUCUGUUCAUCUCGUGGUGGAAACUUUGAGUUGCUGGACUGUGUCUGAGGAUUGUUUAUGUUCCACAUCUUUUUGUUGUUACAACAUGUGUAGACACAGUAACCUGUGAGCUGCCCUUUCCAUAACCUUUAAAGGAUGCAUAUAUAUAUAUAUAUAUAUAUAUAAAUGAAUGCAGUGUGCAUAAAUAUUUUUUAAACACAGCAGUAAACUAUUGCACCUUUUGCUAAGCUUCUAUUUACUUGCUUUGGCAUAAUGAAUGAGCCAGUGAACUCAGUGUCCUGUGGAGAAAUGUGUAAAAGUUAUCUGAUAUUGCUCUUAGAUGUUAUGCUAAUUAAUGUUAAAUCACAAAUAAACAGUAUUUUAAAUAUA